GUGCGCGCAGGUCUGAUCGAGCGCGAACGGUCUUGACUAUAUAUGGGCAAAGCCGAGCGUCCUCGUGCCGCCCGCCGCCUCUUCCGCGUUCAGCGUUCCGCGAUCGCCGGUGACAGAAGCGUUCAGAACCGACCGGGCCGUUCCUCACAGCCGCUCAUUCAUUCACCGCUCACCGGAAACAAAGCCGAGAUGUCCUACGAGCUCAAGAGCGUGUUCGCCAGCCUUCCUCACAUGGAAAGGGGCGUGGCCAAGGUCCUGGGCGGAGACCCCAAAGGGAACAACUUCCUGUACACCAACGGCAAGAGCGUGAUCAUCAGGAACAUCGAGAACCCAGCGAUCGCAGACGUCUACACCGAGCAUCCUCAUCAGGUUAUCGUGGCCAAAUACUCUCCCAGCGGUUUCUACAUCGCGUCGGGCGAUGUGUCGGGGAAGAUCCGUAUCUGGGACACGACGCAGAAGGAGCACCUGCUGAAGUACGAGUACCAGCCCUUCGGAGGGAAGAUCAAGGACAUCGCCUGGACCGAGGACAGCAAGAGGAUCGCCGUGGUGGGGGAGGGGCGAGAGAAGUUUGGCGCGGUGUUCCUCUGGGAUUCGGGCUCGUCGGUCGGAGAGAUCGUGGGUCACAGUAAGAUCAUCAACAGUGUGGACAUCAAGCAGACGCGGCCGUAUCGUCUGGUGACCGGCAGCGACGACAACUGCACCACUUUCCUCGAGGGGCCGCCCUUCAAGUUCAAAUGCACCAUUAGCGAUCACAGUCGCUUCGUGAACUGCGUGCGGUUUUCUCCGGACGGGAAUCGUUACGCUUCGGCCGGAGCCGACGGACAGAUUUUCCUGUAUGAUGGUAAAACGGGAGAGAAGCUGGGGUCUCUGGGAGGAGAGAAGGCUCAUGAUGGAGGCAUUUACGCUGUCAGCUGGAGUCCUGACAGCACGCAGCUGAUCUCGGCGUCAGGUGAUAAGACGGUCAGACUGUGGGAUGUGGGCAGCGGCGUGGCUGUCUCCACCUUUAACCUGGGCUCAGAUGUUCAGGACCAGCAGCUGGGCUGCUUGUGGCUGAAGAACCACCUGCUCAGUGUCUCUCUGUCUGGAUACAUCAACUACCUGGACAGGAGCAACCCGGACCGGCCGCUGCGCACCAUCAAGGGACACACCAAAUCCAUCCAGUGUCUGACGGUCCAUAAGGCAGACGGCCGAUCCAGCAUCUACUCAGCCAGCCACGACGGACACAUUAAUUACUGGGACUCUGAGAGCGGCGAGAACGAGGAGUUUGUGGGUAAAGGACACUCAAACCUGGUGUCCAGGAUGACUGUGGACGAGUCGAGCCGUCUGGUGACCUGCAGCAUGGACGACACGGUCCGCUACACUGACCUGAGCAAGAGAGAGUACAGUGCGUCUGAUGUAGUGAAGAUGGACAUGCAGCCCAAGUGUGUCAGUGUGGGUCCAGGAGGUCUUGCUGUCACCGUGUGCAUUGGACAGCUGGUGCUGCUGAAGGACAAGAAGAAGCUCUUCACGCUGGACUCUCUGGGAUACGAGCCCGAGUCCGCAGCCGUUCACCCUGGGGGCGGAGCCGUGGCUGUGGGCGGAGCUGACGGGAAGGUGCGUCUGUACGCGGUUCAGGGAAACACCCUGAAGGAUGAUGGGAAGGUGCUGGAGGUGCAGGGGCCUGUGACGGACAUGUCGUACUCUCAGGACGGAGCGUUUCUGGCCGUGACGGAUGAGAAGAAGGUCAUCACUGUGUUCACCGUCGUUGAUGGAUACACGGUAAACUCCUUUCACUCUCAGAUCUCAGAUAAACUCCUGCAUCAGUAAUGAACAGCUGUUUGAUUCACACUCCCUCACUGUUCAGAAUGAUAUUCCUCCGCUUCCUCUGAUAUAACCAGAGUUGUGUUUCUUAA